AUGGCGGACCCGCGGCGGCCGGCGCGGGUGGCCAGGUACAAGCCGCCGGCCACCGAGACCAACCCGGCGCUGGAGGACCCCACGCCCGACUACAUGAACCUGCUGGGGAUGGUCUUCAGCAUGUGCGGGCUCAUGCUCAAGCUGAAGUGGUGUGCCUGGAUCGCCGUCUACUGCUCUUUCAUCAGCUUCGCCAACUCCCGCAGCUCGGAGGACACCAAGCAGAUGAUGAGCAGCUUCAUGCUCUCCAUCUCGGCCGUGGUGAUGUCCUACCUGCAGAACCCCCAGCCCAUGUCCCCCCCCUGGUGACGGCCGGCGUCGUUCCCUGGGGAGAGAGCGCUUGCCGCAGGGGAGGCGACGGGUUAUGUCGGGGCCGGGACAAUAAAAGGGGGUGCUGGGGCAGA